AUGGCGCGCAAGAGCAAUGUGGAUUCGGACGGCCCUUCGACGGGUGACGCCUCGGCACAUUCAGACGUAGAAAUGCAGGACCGAGACGACAAGAUGAGCGGCUUCAAGAAGUUUGGAUACUUUCAAGAUACCCCAGACUACACGGAUUCAGACACCAACCCAAACACCACAGCAAGCAGCGUCGCGGGUGACCACGCGCCACAAGACGGCCGACGACGACGUGCAGAGGUUCUGAAUAUGCGCAAGAGUAUCUACGGCAAGAAACACGACCGCCUAGGCGCGUCAAAGGAGGACGACACAAUCCGACGAUUUAGAUACCUCCUCGGCCUGACCGACCUCUUCCGUCACUUUAUUGACACGAAUCCUAAUCCGCACAUCAAAGAGAUUCUCGCCGAGAUCGACCGCCAAGACGCCGAAGAGGAGAAGAAAUCCAAGGCGAGCAAGAUGCGCAAAGGCGGUGCAGCUGCUGAGCGGCGCCGCAAGACGGAGCAGGAAGAGGAUGCCGAGCUGGUGCGCAACGAGAAGCACGGCGCCCACAAUGAGACAGUGUUUCGGGAGUCGCCAGGCUACAUCCAGGGCGGAACCAUGCGCGACUACCAGGUUGCAGGUCUCAACUGGCUGAUCUCCCUUCACGAGAACGGUAUUUCAGGUAUCUUGGCCGACGAGAUGGGUCUCGGAAAGACGCUGCAGACGAUUUCCUUCAUUGGCUACCUCCGCUACAUCGCCGGCAUCACCGGUCCACAUUUGGUUGCUGUCCCAAAAUCGACUCUAGACAAUUGGAAGCGCGAAUUUGGCAUGUGGUGUCCUGAUAUCAACGUCUUGGUGCUCCAGGGCAACAAGGAUGACCGUGCCGAGCUCAUCAAGGAACGCCUAGUGGACGAGAAGUUCGAUGUCUGCAUUACCAGCUACGAGAUGAUCCUACGCGAGAAGUCACACCUCAAGAAGUUUGCCUGGGAAUACAUCAUCAUCGACGAGGCACAUCGGAUCAAAAACGAAGAGUCUUCGCUCGCACAGAUGGUUCGUGUCUUCAACUCGCGAAACCGGCUGCUCAUUACGGGUACCCCUCUCCAAAACAACCUCCACGAGCUUUGGGCGCUGCUCAACUUCCUACUCCCCGAUGUCUUUGGUGACUCUUCGGCCUUCGACGAUUGGUUCUCGCAGCAGGGUGCCGACUCUGACACUGUCGUUCAGCAACUUCACAAGGUCCUGCGCCCCUUCUUGCUCCGGCGCGUGAAGGCAGACGUCGAGAAGUCAUUGCUUCCCAAGAAAGAGAUCAACUUGUACGUCGGCAUGUCUGAUAUGCAAGUUCAAUGGUACAAGAAGAUUCUCGAAAAGGACAUUGAUGCUGUCAAUGGCGGUACUGGCACCAAGGAGUCCAAGACCCGCCUGCUCAACAUUGUCAUGCAACUGCGAAAGUGCUGCAAUCACCCGUACCUCUUCGAAGGUGCCGAGCCCGGUCCGCCAUACACUACCGACGAGCAUCUAGUCACCAACGCCGCCAAGAUGGUCAUGCUGGACAAGCUUCUCAAGCGCAUGAAAGCACAAGGCAGUCGCGUUCUCAUCUUCUCCCAGAUGAGCCGUGUACUAGACAUCAUGGAAGAUUACUCCGUCAUGCGAGGCUAUCAGUACUGCCGUAUCGAUGGUUCUACUGCCCAUGAAGACCGUAUCCAGGCCAUUGAUGACUACAACAAGGAGGGUUCAGAAAAGUUCUUGUUCUUGCUCACUACUCGUGCUGGUGGCUUGGGUAUCAAUUUGACCACCGCAGAUAUCGUCGUUUUGUUUGACAGCGAUUGGAACCCGCAGGCAGAUCUCCAGGCUAUGGAUCGCGCGCAUCGUAUUGGUCAGACCAAGCAGGUCUACGUCUUCCGCUUCGUAACGGAGAGUGCUAUCGAAGAGAAGGUGCUUGAGCGAGCGGCCCAAAAGCUACGCCUUGAUCAACUAGUCAUUCAACAAGGCCGUACACAGCAACCUGUUAAGAACGCUGCUUCAAAAGAUGAACUAUUGACCAUGAUUCAGCAUGGUGCCGAAAAGGUGUUCAAUAGCAAGGGUCCUGUUGGCCCAGCUGCCGAUGGAGACUUUGGCGAUGACGACUUUGAAAAGGUUAUGAAGCGUGGCGAAGAAAUGACAAAAAAGCUCAAUCAAAGGUACGAGACGCUCGGCCUCGACGACCUCCAAAAAUUCACCUCAGACUCUACCUAUGAGUGGAAUGGCGAAACGUUCCAGCCACGCAAGAAAGAGAUUGGAUUAGCCUGGAUCAACCCAUCGAAGCGUGAGCGCAAGGAACAAAACUACGGCAUUGACUCGUAUUACCGAAAGACACUGGUGACAGGAGGUCGAACAGAGAACAAACAGCCCAGGAUCCCUCGUGCGCCGAAGCAGAUACACAUUCACGAUUACCAGUUCUUUCCAGAGAGGCUGUCAGAGCUUCAAGAUAAGGAGACGGCAUGGUAUCGGAAAGAGAACAACCUAAAAGCACCACUGCCUGACGGCCCUGAAGAGGAUCUCGAAGCCCGUGAGGCUGACCAGGAACUCGCGCAGAAGGAAAUUGACAACGCGGAGCCCAUGACAGAAGAAGAGAAGGCAGAGAAGGAGCGUUUGAUUGAGAAGGGUUUCCCUGAGUGGAACAAGCGCGACUUCCAACAGUUCUUGAACGGGUCCGCUAAGUACGGCCGCACAAACUAUGAGGGUAUCGCGGAAGAAGUAGACGGUAAGGAUGCUGACGAGAUCGCUGACUACGCCAAAGUCUUCUGGAAAAAGUAUAAGACGCUCGACAACUGGCAAAAGCAUUUCGGCGUGAUUGAAGAGGGAGAGCUACGCGUCCGACAGUCCGAGGAGAAGAAGCGCCUCAUUGCUAAGAAGAUUGGCAUGUACCGUAUGCCCCUGCAGCAAAUGGUCAUCAAAUACACCGUCUCAACAACCAACAAAAAGGUAUACACGGAAGAAGAGGACAAGUUCCUUGUUGUCAUGUUACAUAAGCACGGCGUUGAGGGAGACCUCAUUUACGAGAAGAUUCGCGAUGAGAUCCGCGAGUCGCCUCUCUUCCGCUUCGACUGGUUUUUCCUCAGCCGCACACCACAGGAGAUUGGUCGCCGUUGCACUACACUGAUCUCAGCUAUUGUUCGCGAGCUUGGUGACGGUGAUUUGAAGAACGGCAAGGGUGGCAAGCGUGCGUACGAGGAGGAAGAGACGGAAGAGGAAGAGGAGGUUCCCGUCAAGAAGAAGGCUAAGAACGGCGUCAAGGUUCGUACAUGA